CAAAAAAGAAUACAACACGGUACGAACUUCUAACAUUAGGAUUCUCGGUGCAUUGACAACGACAGACCAACGCUACGAACAGUUACAAAUCCAUCUAAUCGACAAGGCGCAUCGUAUUGAUUGCAAGGCAGGAAUGUCACACUCCUGAUCUGUAUCCAACCAGAAUUCUAGCGACUCGUGCGAUACCGUUGCCGCAGCAAUCCGUGGAAUUUGUUCUGCCCGAUCGAAGGCCACAAAGACGCUGUGGCGGUGUCGAUCUCGGUGACAAUGUCGACUUCCUUGUUGUGGGCCGCGAGAACGGUGUCGCGGGCGAGUCUCCGCCAGCGUAACCAGCUCUGGCCCUUGGCGGCAUCUGCGGCUCACCCCCGGUUCCGAGAAGCAUUCCCCCCCGCCCGGUCCUUUUCCGCGGCGGAAGGCGCCUCCUCCCCGCCCGGGGACGCACCGCCCUUCCGGAAGGUCCUGAUCGCCAACCGCGGGGAGAUCGCGAUCCGGGUGGCCCGGACCUGCCGUCGGCUGGGGAUCCCCACGGUGGCCGUCUACGCCAGCAACGACACGGACUCGAGCCACGUCUCGGAGUGCGACGAGGCCGUCUGCCUGGGAACAGGGGGCGUCUCGAGCUACCUGGACACCGACAGGAUCGCGGAGGCGAUUCGUUCCACCGAGGCGGACGCCGUCCAUCCMGGGUACGGUUUUCUGAGCGAGAACGCGGGCUUUGCGGAAGCCGUGGCGUCCCUCGGGAGCAAAGGCGAGACAGUGGCCUGGCUGGGCCCUCCCCCGCAGGCCAUCCGGGACAUGGGCUGCAAGCUCCGGAGCAAGGCCAUUGCCAGGGAGGCCGGCGUGGCCAUCAUCCCCGGCGGGGAGAGCGAGGGUGCGCUGGACUCGCUGGAGGACGCCCUCGAGGCGAUGCGGAAGAGCGGGAGCAGCCUACGCUACCCGGUCCUGCUCAAGGCGGCCGCGGGGGGCGGCGGGAAGGGAAUGCGGAUCUGCUACGACGACCGGGAGCUUAUCGAGGCCUAUCCAAUGGCCCGGAGCGAGGGCCUCAAAUUUUUUGCCGACGACCGACUGCUCCUGGAGCAAUACCUGGAAGAACCCCACCACAUCGAGUUCCAGGUGGUGUGCAGCAAGGCUACGGGCAAUGGCGAUGGCGAUCUCAAUGCCGAUGGCCACAGCUCCAAUAGCCAGAUCGACGUGGCAAUCUUUGCCGAGCGGGAGUGCUCGGUCCAGAGACGCAACCAAAAGGUAGUGGAGGAAUCCCCCUCCUGUCUGCUGACGGAGGAAACCCGCCGAAAGAUGAUGGAGCAAACCACCCUUCUGUGCCAGAGCGUCGGAUACGAGGGAGCCGGAACCGUCGAGUGGCUCGUGGUGGGAGGAGAAAGCAACCGAGACCAGGCCCAAGACUUUUAUUUCCUGGAAAUGAACACCCGGUUGCAGGUCGAGCACCCCAUCACGGAAGCCGUCUCGGGCGGCCUCGAUCUGGUCGAGGCCAUGCUCGAGGUGGGUGCCGGAAGGGGCCUCCCGAGGGAGUGGUACGAGACCGCCGAGGUCGUCGAGGAAGCGGGAGGCAACGGCAGGAUGCUGGUCAUGCCCUGGAAGGGGCACGCUAUCGAGGGGCGGAUCUACGCCGAGGAUCCUCUGCGGGGGUACCUUCCGUCGACGGGGCCGCUCCUUCCCUACAUGGAGCCCCCCCGGGCGGUCCGGGUGAGCGACGGGGGUGCUUCGUCUUCUUCGUCUUGGGCCGGCACGGACGGCGUUGCGUCCUACCUCCGCCUGGAUUCCGGGGUCGUGGAGGGACACGUCGGUAGGUAGCGCCGUGUGGCGGUCCCGAAAUGCCCGUCUUUUUCGGCGGUUGGCGUGCCCAGCCUCUCACGACGUCUUUUUUUUAUUUCUUUGUUUGUCGUGUUGCCUGUUCUCUAUUUUUUUGAAUGGUGUUCGGCAUGGCAUUCGGUGUUCGCACACUACAGUCACGCCCUUUUACGAUCCGAUGCUCUCGAAGAUCAUCUCGUACGCUCCCACCCGCGAGGAGGCCAUCGACGUCCUUUCGGAGGGAUUGGACUCUUACGUAAUCGAGGGAGUCAACCACAAUGCAAGGCUGAUCCAGGCCGUCCUGCGCCAUCCCUCCUUCCAGAAGGGUGACACACCCACCUCCUUUCUGGAGACCCAUAUCCCCGACUUUGGCGGGUAUUCUGUUCGAAAUGGGGAGAACGAAACAGAAGACCCACCCUCUCUCUUGACGGCCCGCGAAGAAGAAGACCUGGCGGUAGCCGCGGCGCUGAUCUGGAGAGAACGAGAAAGACUCCUGGGAAGGCCGCCCACCGGACGCGCAGUGGAGGACGAGAACGGCCAGGGACGCAGAGACUUUGUGGUCCGAUUGGACGGCUGGGCCGGGGGCUGGGGGGACGGUGCCAUAUCCGUCGCCCUAGACGAGGGUCGCACCGAGGGGCUCGCGGCUGGCAGGAGGCUGGCAGCCGAUCCUUCCGACCAACUAGAGUCCUUUUCGAUUGCGAUCGGACCGGGCUUCUCGAUCGACUUCGAGAACCACCUGGCAAGCAUGACGCUCGACGGAACCUUUCGGACCGUCCAGGUUCUCGGGGAACAGCCCAGCGGAGAACUCAGGGUCCAGAUGCUUGGUGCCCGGUACGAAGGAUGCCUCGUCCAGAGCCCGAGGGAGUACGAACUGAGCAGGCACGUGCUCCCGCCGGUGGCCAACGACACCAGCAACACCGUCCUGAGCCCCAUGCCGGGAACGCUGAUUGGCUUUUCCGGGGGCGUCGAGGAAGGGUCGUUCGUCGAGGAGGGACAGGAGCUCUGCAUCGUCGAAGCCAUGAAGAUGCAGAACGUCGUUCGUGCCCCGAGGGCCGGAAUCAUUGCGAGACUACGGGUGGACGAGGGCGCCGCGCUGGUGACCGAUCAGGUCCUUAUGGAAUACGAGGCGGAAGAGGGAGACGAGCCAACGGCCGCGUAGCUCGGAGCACGAAGCCGACGGUGCAACGGAUCGGAACCAAACGAAACGGGAAGGAAGCGAGAUGAUACAGGACGGACGACGACACAAGAAGUUAGAUCUUAAAAACCGUGCAUGCACCAAACUACAGGUUUUGGAAACAUCCCACAUCAAAAGGAUCUUGAUUUCUCACUGUACGUACUUCAAGGCAACUCGGAAGGAUAAUGGUAGUACUAGUAGAAGCAGUAUCUGGCAGGAGAUGACAAGGAGAAAAUCAAAACUAUUCAAAGUACUGCAAGCCGUACUAGAUAAUUAGUGCAGUAGUUAUGGAAGAAAGUAAGAACAAGUGUGAGGCAGUAAACUACACKGCAGUCACGAGUAGCUAGUGAAUAAUCCUCACUCUUUAAU